AUGUCAAACAAAAAGCAACAGCCCGCAUUUCAAGGAAAGGAAUGUUUCAGUCGUAUGAAUUUUCUCUUCCAAGCAUCAAUGCUUAUGGCUGGCAAGAACAACACGUUAUCUGCCUACUACGGCGAACUAUGUCGGAGUAUUGCAAAGAAAGCUGUGCUUAAAAUUGAUCCAAACAUAAAGCGGCAAAUGUGUAAACGUUGUUCACUGGCACUAAAACCAGGCAUAACCGCUGACUUGCAUGCUGUAACGCGACGGAAGAGGCGACAGUCUUUAAAAAAUAGUGAUAAUGUGGAUGAAAACACAAGCAUGCUAUUGACGUGCCGUCAAUGCGGUUUUAGACGUCAGUUCAUAGUCAAUCCAAACUACAAUUUUUGGCUGGACAAUGAGGAAUCUGUGGUGGAAUCUAUUACUCUAGGGAACAAAAAACCCGAAAACAAACAAAAGCGGUCACCAGUUAUAGAUAAGGAAACAAAAGAAACCACUACAAAAGAGAAAUAA